AUGGGUCACGCUCUGCUCGGUGUGUUCGGGUUGUUCUGUUCAAACAAGGCUGUUGUGACUCUGCAGCCAAACUGGUCUGAAGUAUACAGAGGAGAGAGGAUCACUCUCAGAUGUGAGAUCACAGAUGGAGGAGACACUGAGUGGGAGUAUGAAUGGAGAACAACCAGCUCAGAAAAACCUCCAGAUCAAAAUAAACACAGUAUUACAUCUGUGACUGAAUCCCACAGUGGAGACUACAGGUGUAAGGGCAGAGAGAACCAUACGCAGCAUUCUUCAACAGGUUGGAGUGAUCCCAUCAACCUGACAGUAUCAGACAGACUCCUUCCUGUCCUCACUGUGUCUCCAUCAUGGCUGAGUGCUGGAGCCUCAGUGACUCUGAACUGCAGUGUUGAAGAUCCAUCUGCAGGAUGGAGGUUCUACUGGUAUAAGAUGGUUCCUGAUCCAUCAGACAACUACUACAGACUUGAGCUGCUACCUGGCAGCAGCAGUGGGACUGAACAGGAUUCCUACAUUGUUCAUGGACAGUCACUAACAGUAGGAUAUAGGUGCAGAGCUGGAAGAGGAGAUCCAGAGUAUUCCUCUUAUACCAGUUACCCUAAGUAUGUCUGGUCUGCAGAUUUUAACUCAUCAGCAUCUCUCACAGUGAGUCCUGACAGCGCUCAACACUUCACCUCUGACUCUGUCUCACUGAGAUGUAAGGGAACCUCUACUAAGUGGAGGGUGUGGAGGUUUUCACCUGAGGACAGAUACCGGUCAGACUGCUCUGACUGGGGGACAAUGACUAGAUCAACAUGCAACAUAAAGGCUGACAGCACCAGUGAUGCAGUGUACUGGUGUGAGUCUAGAUCAGGAGAGUUCAGCAAUGCAGUCAACAUCACUGUACAGGAUGGAGAUAUGAUCCUGCUGAGUCCUGCCCGUCCUGUGACUGAAGGACAUUCUGUUAGUCUGAGCUGCAGAUUCAGAAGUCAAACAUCUGACUCCAUUGUGUUUUUCUAUCACAAUGAGAAAGUCAUUCAAAGUGACAGCAGAUGGGAGUUAAAUAUCUCUGCAGUGUCAAAGUCAGAUGAAGGAUUCUACAAGUGUCGACACUCAGGACGAGAGUCAGCACAGAGCUGGAUGUCAGUUCAGGUAAUUCCAGUGGUGUCCAGGCCUGACAGCUCUUCAUUUCCUGUACUGUUGGUUGUUGGACUGGUUUGUGGAAUUGUUCUUGUUAUUCCUCUGCUCGUUUUGUUUUGCUACAGAGCGUCCAAGGAUUCAUGCUUCGUCAGACCAGUCCAGUCUGAGAGCACCAACACAGAUCAUGUGGACUACGAGAAUGAUCAUUACUCCGCUCUUUGCCAUUACUCUGCUCUUCUCCACGGUGAUGUUUGUCUCUAUGACACAAUCAGAGGCCCUCAAGAAGCUGAACAUGCUCAAUAAAGAAAUCUGUAGCAACUAAACCAACAGAACAGACGACAACAUGAAAAACUCCAUCUGUACUUUGACAGCUUCUCUGUGAUCACUGUGUGCAGCUGUGCUGAACAAACAACACACAGCAUUUUGUAAAGUUAAUUUAACAGCAGCUCAUUUAAAAUAACUAUCAUAUGGUUUUAAUCUUCUGUUGUAUUUGGUAUAAAGAGUUUAGAACAUCACAUGUAACCACUGAAAUGUUUGGAUGUUUACAUUCGGUACGUUCUGACACCUUUGUUGUUGUUUGUUGUUGCAGAGAACAAAUAUUGUGUGUGGACACUCGGUACGAGGUGAUAGUGCCACUUUAAAGUCAGCUUCUUUUGUAGCAUCUGAAUAAAAAGAGUUAACUAUUUGGAACAUGUAAUGUAUUUUAUGUGAAAAACACAUCCUGUUAACAUACAAGCUUCUUCUGUCAUUUUAUAAAUGCUUGAUAUUCUCUAUAUUCCAUGUUUUUAUAAAUAUAAAUGUAUUUUUAAAAGGUGGUUGACCAUUUUAUGCAUCAAUAAACUUGUUCCAUCAAUAAGCUGUCGGCAGUGUUCCUCAUAGAUUUAGAGGGAACAAAGGUAAUAUAACUGGAGUUACUUUAGUUUGAAAAGUCUCUUCCUGUUUGUGUCACUACUCACUCUUCAUCAUGU